AUGCCAAUCCAUGAUGUCCUCAUCAUUGGCGGCGGACCAGGCGGCCUUGCCGUCGCCACCGGCCUUGCACGUCAGCUUUACACGGCUGUAGUCUUCGACUCGGGCGUCUACCGCAAUGCCCGUACUUCACACAUGCAUAAUGUGCCUACGUGGGACCAUAGGAACCCCGCUGAUUUCCGAUCUAAGGCGCGCUCUGACCUCCUCGCUCGCUACGAGACCAUCACCUUUGAGGAGACUAACGUAGAGUCUCUUCGGCGCAAUAGUGAAGGUCGUUUUGAGGCGAAGGACGCCAGAGGUGCUACAUGGACUGGGAAGAAAAUCGUCCUAGCGUCUGGUAUGCGUGACGUCUACCCCGAAAUCCAAGGAUACGAUGACGUUUGGGGUCGGGGAGUGUACCAUUGCCUGUUUUGUGACGGAUUCGAGGACAGGAACUCGGCUUCAGCUGGCGUCCUGGCUGUGGAGGACGUCGCUAAAGCACCUGUUGCGCUCCAUCUGGCACGCAUGGCCAAGCGAUUGGCAAGAAAAGUCACCAUUUACACCAAUGGCGCCUCGGAACUCAAAGAUCAAAUUGUCACUUCGCUUGGCAAGGAUCCUAUCAUAGAGCUCGAUGACCGCCGAGUGAUCCGACUGGAAAAGGCCUUUGUUGUCCACAAGCCAAAGACCCAAGUAAACGGGCCGUUUGUAGAACAGCUCCAGCUGGAGUUGACCGAGGCGGGCGCCAUCAAGACUAGCCAACCGUUCUACGAGACGACAGUUCAGGGGGUCUUUGCCGUUGGUGACUGCGCAAGCACAAUGCCCGCCGUUGUCAACGCGCUGGCUAUGGGCGCUUUCGCGGCUGGCGGGCUCGUGGCUCAACUUGGGGCCGAACCUACUCCAUAG